GCUUUAGUCAAAUGAAAAUUGACAAAAAUAUUAAUUGUAUUUAAUUAUUUAUGUUUUUUUGGGAUUUCUUGUUAAAAAUGUGUAUUAUCUUGUGUUGUGAGUUAUGCUUGUGAUAAUUGUGAGUGAAAAAAUAUAAAACCAGUGACUUUAGACCAUGAAAUCUGGCCAAAAUAUACGCACAUAACCUAAAACUUUUUUAACAAAAAAAAAAAAAACUAUCAGUCUCAGCGGGAAGGCGACCUUAUUCUAAUGCCAACCCAGUUGGAAUUUUGGAAAAUUAACUUCUAUGCAAUACUACUAGUUAGGACAGUGCACAGACGGACUAUUUAUAAUAUGGCACGGACGAGAGCAUCGGUAGCCGCUAAAGUGGUGUUGAACGGGAAGAGCAGCAAACGAAGUUGUAGCGCUGCUCCCGCGUCGAGCCGCCCCACAGCCUCCGGGUCCAGUGGUGAGAAGUCUUCUAGAAGCUACUCUGGCGGCAACAGUGUGUGUCCACGAGAAACUCCCAAAUGGCAGAAGCCCAUCACCAACUUCUUCAUACAGAACAGAACAGAAGUCAGAGCUGAUGAUGCAGAAGAUACUGCUAAGGCUGGCAGUUCAAAGUCAAAACUAAAACGUAACAUCAUAGAGUCAGAUGACGAAGAGCCCACAGACAAUACAGACAAGCCCAUAAACAAGGAGCUGGAUGAGACCAUAGAGCUCGAACCAUUGACUGGAGAGAACAGUCACAAGAUAGACGAAUAUUACUCUACUGGAAAAGUUAAUGGAACUAAAAGAGUUCUGGAUGAAAGUGACGAAGAACUUAAUGCUGGCAGUUCAAAAUCUAAACCAAAACGUACCGUGAUACAUUCAGAUGAUGAAGACGAACACACGGACACACAAACAAACAAGGAUCAAGCAAUUAAAGAUAUAGAUAAAGAAGAGAAAUGUGACAUAGAAAUAGAUAAAGAAAACGUAGAUACAAAUGUGAAUAGAAACAAGAGAUCGUUGGAUGAAAGUGGAGAUGACAGGAGUGGGAAAAAGAUAAAACUUGAUUAACUUAAUUAUUUUAAUAUUUUACCAACAUCGUCAUAACUCGCGAAGAGAAAGACCUUGUCGACCAAUAUUGACUAUUGGUCGACUUUUAUCUUUGUCUUGUCUCGCGUACCAUACGCCACGUUAAUGUAUUCAUGUAUUUUGCUCUUGUUGGACGUAGACAGAUAAAAUAAUAGACAUGUGGGUAUAGUGCGCGCAAGUUUGCGCGUGACCAAAAUAGGAACUAAUCAAGUUAUGUGUCAAUGGCUAACUUGUAAAGAAUAAAAAAAAAAAGAGAAAACAGACCACUGAAGAUUGCAACAUUAAGUUCGUUGCCAGAUUUAUCUUGCGCGCACUUUAGCUUCCGUUGCAUUCUCCCAAAUAAGAUAAAACUUAAAGAUAAAACUAGUGUAUCCAUAUAUAUGAAACGAUUGUUUAAUGAAUGAAAAUCAGAUUUAGUACGUUAAAAACUAUAUUGGUUGUAGGUUGUCUCAAAAACUCCUGGUCAAACUAUCAAUAGUUAACACAAUAGGCUUACUUUACAAGCACUUUCGAAACGUAACGGUAUUAAUAUUAUAAAAUAAUGGUGAUAAUAAAGUCGAAAAUAUAAAACUAAAUUUACGAGGGUUCCAAAAAUCUUGGUUUGAGAAGAGCCCACAACAAACUCAGCCGGGUUUGUUCUUUUUUUAGUUUUGAACUUUUUUUAGCCAGUCAUGUAAUACUAUAUUCAUUUUCAAGCUAUUUUGUCCGUUAAUAAUAGUUUGGCCAGGAAAUUUUCAGGCAAUCUACUCGCAAUAUAGUUUUUAACAUACUAAAUUUGAUAUAAAAUACUUUUCAUCUAUUAAUCAGACGGAUGAAGGUAAUUUCUAAUACAAAUACACUAUUAAUGUGUGUGUGAUUUUUUAAAUAAUUUUUAUCCAUUACUUUAACACAUUCAGAGAUAAAUAUUUGAGAAAAAUAUAAUAGAGACUCAAGCAUGCAACAACAAAGAGUGUCACAGCAAUAGUUAUUGCAAAGCAAGUCGUCAUGCCUUGCACUUGUUUUCGAUGCUUUUUUUAAUCCCUAGGGGGGCAGCUGACCUCCCCCCCUCUUUUUUUUGGAUUUUCAUCGACACUAAUCAGUUGUCUAUUUACUUCUUUGUCUACGCACUACUACUGUGAUGUACUUAGGACAUCAGCAUUUGAUAUGCUGUAUUCUGAAUAUGUUAAGGAUUUAGUUAUUUAAUUAAUUCAUAUAUACUCAGAGGCACAAUUAUCCGCCCAUUUUUAUAUGACGCGAGUAUAGUAAAGUUUGCGGAUAAUUGUGCCUCUGAGUGUAUAUAAUUUCCAUAAUAGCCCGGAGCUCUUUGCAUGCAUGGAUUCUUUUUAUUAAUUAACUAUUUUUGAAUAUGCUUUAUGCUUCAAUUAUUUUUUGUCCUUGUUUCAUUUAAAGUAAGAUUAAAUUAUCCAUUUUAAAUAUUUGAUUAAUUAAUUCGUUCUUGUAUGCCAUAAGAUUGUUAAGUUAACUGAUAUAUUUUAUAAUUUUUUAUUUAAGUUUGUGAGAAUAACUUAAGUUACCUUUAACAUUAAAGAAUUAAAUAAAUGAUAUUUUCCAAUUAAA